AAGAGCACUGAAGGAAAAGAAGGCGAAGGCGUCUAUAGUGUUCGGAGCCUCGAUUUGAUCCAAGAUUCGUCAUUUCUCCGACAAGAAUGCCGCAAUCUGGGUCGAACUUGUUCCUCGUACUCCUCCAUCUCCUGGGCUUCUUAUUUCCGUGGAGAAUUUCUGCGAUUAGGAAGGACAUUGGGUUUGGAGAAGUGCGGAAUUGCAGAACGACCGUUCAAGGAAGAUACUUGAUCUCCGAUGACAGUGGAUAUGUAUGCGAUGCUUUGUCAAUAGAUUCACGGACCCGUUGCUGUCCUGGGAAAGGAGAAAGAUUUUCUUGUCAUGGAUGCAACCUUCUUUCACAGUGCUGCAGCUCUUACGAGUUUUGUGUUUCUUGCUGUUUGAAUCCUGCUCGGACACUUCAAGGGCAAGUGAUUAAGGUGAAGGUUGCAAAGCCGGCAACAGCAGGGACUUAUAUGAAUGUCUUUGACUUCUGUGCUGGGAGGUGCCGUCAUAAUUCUGAGAGUGUGGUUCAUGAAAAUGCUUACCACAGCGAUUUCCACCAUUGUUUUUCUCUGACCUCGAAUGCAUCAGGAGCUAAUGUUACACAAGUCGAGACAAGAUUGCUUGGAAUUGACGUUAUUGUCGGAAGGCAAGGAGAAUCGUGCGAUAGGGUCUGCAGAUCACGUGGACAGUCAUGUGUCAUGAAUAAACUAGCCCUUCUAAAUCAGUGUGACAUUAUGCAAAGAUAUCUGAGCUGCAAAGGAACAUGCUUAGCAAGUGUUGGGGCUGACCAGCCUGCUGAAGUUGUCCAUGAUGCGCCCAGAGAUUUGAACCCGGGAGCGUGCUUAUAUACCCGGACAGAAUCGAUGCUUUCAUGUGAUGGUUCACACCAAUACACCCGGAGACUCUGCCCAUGCGCCUAGUGCAUACCGCUCGUCAGUAUCGAGCCAUUUAGCAUUCCUAGCAUUUCCUUGCAACGAUCGGGCAUAGAGCGUACAUUCUGCCAUUGGCUACACGUAGUAUGUGUGUCGAAAAGGAUUUGUCUGGUGCCAACAUAAACAAUCUGGGAAUUAGCUUUGGGUUUAGGAAAAGAUCCUGGGGUUUGCUUGGCGAAAGCGGUAAAAGAAGAAACCCAAACAGAUGGUGGGCAGGAUGAUUCCAAUGGAGCAAGUUUGUAGAGUUUGGGGUUUAGAGCAAGUUGCUGUCCAAAAAUUGCAAAUCUGAACGCCUGCUCAAGUUUUGUAUCUACCCUAUGAAAGAAAAAACGUCUGGAAAGAGACAUUAUUGUCUGUGUAGCGUAUUUGUGCUCCUGCAUA